AUGACCACAGCCGAUGAGGCGGACCUUACAAUAUUCGAGAGAAAGAUUUUGCGCAAGAUUUACGGGCUCUUACGCACUUUCUUACUUGUUUGUGUUACAUUUCAAAUCGCAGCUGCGGGCGAAAACCAAUUCACCCAUGAGCACAACCAAAGUGCCACAAAUGUUGCCGCAAUAUUUGGACCAUCAACGCCCCAGCGUGACCACAAAGCUCUACUAAUUAAGCGUACGUGUGCCGAAUUUCUUGCCCAAAUGGAGCUGCUGCAUCUGCAGAUAGAUAAACCACCAAAAGUUUUAGCUAAGUCGGAGAAGAAAAAGUUUCAACCCGAUGGCAGUUUUCAUCAAGCGGUAGGAAGAGUCCUUCUCUUUGCCGAGUUUUUCGCUUUCAUGCCAGUCAAGGGAGUGACAGCAUCACAGCCCAGCCAAUUGUCGUUCUCUUGGACAAAUCUACGAACUUUAUAUUGUUUGCUUUUCAUACUGACGACUACAAUUGAUUUGGGAUUGUCAAUAAACAAAUUGCUAUAUAAACCUAUCAACUUCAAUAGUGUUGAGCCACUAAUAUUUCGCAUGUCCAUCAUUGUGGUUUGCAUUAGUGCUAUUGUAUUGGCGCGCAAAUGGCCGGCAUUGAUGUUGUACUGGGAUGAGAUGGAGAGCGAUUUGCCGGAGUAUUUAACGCAAAUGGAAAAAGGACGUCUGGCGUACAGGAUUAAAAUAGUGACAAUUGUGGCCAUGAUGUUGUCACUCGCCGAGCAUUUACUGAACAUUAUUUCCAACAUACUCUACUCCAAUGCCUGUCCGCAGUCUGAUGACCCAAUUAAGGAUUACUUUAUUCUUACCAACCAGCAAAUUUUUGAUGUCUUCCCUUACUCUGUGUAUUUAGCUAUUUGUGGAAAAUUAGAGAAUAUUAUAUGCACCUUCAUUUGGAAUUUUAUGGAUGUGUUUGUGAUGAUUGUCAGUCUGGGAUUGGCGGCAAAAUUUAAGCAGCUCAAUGAUAACUUAUUCAAGUUCAAGGGCAUGCAAAUGCCCGAGAUCUUCUGGUUGACUCGCCGCAAACAAUACCGGAACCUUUGUGAGCUUUGCGCACGCAUUGAUGGCGCCAUUUCGCUCAUCACAAUGAUAUCCUUUUCGAAUAAUUUGUAUUUUAUUUGUGUGCAACUGCUGCGUAGCCUUAAUAAAAUGCCUUCGUUCGCACAACUCGUCUACUUUUACUUCUCGCUUUUCUUUCUUAUCGGUCGCACAUUGGCUGUCUCAUUGUGUUCGGCCAGCAUCAAUGAUGAAUCUCGCAAACCGUUGCGCGUUCUACGUUGCAUACCCAAGGAAUCGUGGUGCACUGAGGUGAAACGUUUCUCGGAGGAUAUUAACAGUGAUUUGGUUGCAUUAAGUGGCAUGAAAUUCUUUUAUCUCACACGGAAAUUGGUGCUGAGCGUUGCUGGAACGAUUGUGACAUAUGAGCUGGUACUUAUACAAUUUCAUCAGGAUGGUGCGCUGGGUGAAUGUGUUAGUAAUCUACGCCCUCAGUCAUCGGCGAGUAAUGGUAGCGCGCAUUGA